AUGUGGUCUCCGCCAUUGGCUUCACACCCUCCCAAGAAAGAUUCUAAAGGGGGCUCUUCUAAGCAACCCCAAAAAACUCAAAAGAAGAAAGAAGGAGGAUCGGGUGGUAAAGCUAAAAAGAAGAAAUGGUCCAAAGGUAAAGUUAGAGACAAAUUAAACAAUCAAGUCUUGUUUGAUAAAGCAACAUAUGAAAAAUUAUUGAAGGAAGUUCCAACAUAUAAACUUAUAACACCUUCGGUAGUGAGUGAAAGGCUUAAAGUUAGAGGAUCAUUGGCCAGAAGGGCUUUAAAUGAACUUCUUCAUAAAGGUGAUAUACACAAGAACUACUAA